GCGACGACUUUUUAUUCUCUCUCUCUCUACCUCUCUUUGUCAUCUUCUCUCUCAGAUUUUCCUGAAAAAUAGUUUUCUCAUCUCUUUUCUUCUUCAUCACCUACUCUCUCUCUCUCUCUCUCUCUCGUCCUCUUGUUGCCGAUUUCGGCACUUUCUCUUUUCCUAAUUCCACUCGCAUUCCCGUCUCCAACAAAUUCGAAUUUCUUCCACUUAGAUUCCCCCGACGAAGAAAAUUUCGGAGCUUUUCAUCUUCACGUUUACGUUUCCUCCUCCCGAUCUCAUAUCGCCCGGAAGAGGAAAUUCCUUGUGCGUUCCGCCGCGGAUUUUCCCGCCAUUAUUUAUUUUGAUCGGAGAAAAGAAAAAUAAUAAAAAAUGGAGAGAGUGAAUCUUGGAGGUUUAGGUUACGAAAAUGGCGGAGUCAUGAUGACUAGAGAUCCUAAACCGAGGCUGAGAUGGACCGCCGAUCUCCACGAUCGCUUCGUCGACGCCGUCGCUAAGCUCGGUGGCGCAGACAAAGCAACUCCGAAGUCGGUUUUGAAGCUGAUGGGAUUAAAGGGCUUAACACUUUACCAUCUGAAAAGCCAUUUACAGAAGUAUAGACUUGGUCAACAACAAGGGAAGAAACAAAAUCGAGCAGAACAAAACAAGGAAAAUGCUGGAAGUUCAUAUGUGCAUUUUGAUAAUUGUUCUCAAGGAGGAAUCUCAAAUGAAUCAAGAUUUGAUAGUCAUCACAGACAAAGCGGGAACAUACCUUUUGCAGACACGUUGAGACACCAGGUCGAUGCGCAACAGCGGUUUCAAGAACAGCUCGAGGUGCAGAAGAAACUUCAGAUGAGAAUGGAGGCACAAGGAAAGUAUUUAUUGACGUUACUAGAGAAAGCUCAGAAGAGCAUGCCCUGUGGUGGUAAUGGAGCAGAAACAGAGAAAGGUCAAUACUCAGAUUUCAAUCUCGCAAUUUCAGGACUUGUAGGAGAUGAUCAUAAGAACGAAAAGGCGGGUUUGGUUACCGGUAUCUCACACGUUAAUGGCGAUUUGUUGACCGAAGGUUUUCGAUUAUGUGGAGAAAGAGAGAAAGAGGAAACCGGAGAUGUAGGUGUUAAACCGGAAUCCGGGUUUGUGCAUUUUGAUUUGAACUCAAAAAGUGGGUAUGAUCUAUUGAAUUGUGGGAACUAUGGGAUUGAAAUGAAGCCAAAUGUGAUUGCAGAUAGACAUCAAUAGGUUAAAGAGACAUUUUCUUUCAUUUGUUUUUUUUUUUUUUUUUUUUUUUUUUUUUGUUCUUAGAGAAUGUUACACAUUGGCUUCAUGUUUUCUUCAGAGGCAAAUAUCAUA